AUGCUCCGGUGUGGCGUGCUUGUAUUGAUACUUGUCGUUUAUGUGUGGGGUGAAGCCGGUGAAGGCUCGGAGCCUUCCCAACGGCAAUACCUAAACGCUUUAGAAAACCUGCCCGCACUCUUCAACCACAUAAUCGGGAUGCUCCAAGUCAAACCAGAGGUCCUAGAGAAAAACGACGUUACUACCUUCCGGGAAUCACCGCUAGAUGGCGGUGAAAUAAGUCCACGGAGAACUGAACGUAAUAUCUUUAAAAGAGAGGUUACUUUUGAACACGCGGAUGACGAAGCAUUGCAAGGAGCUGAUUGGUUGGUUUUAAAAGCAGAUGGUAAAUCGGAUUCGUUUAUUGGUCCAAUUCCUGGAGGGUUUCAGUUGACGGCAGAGGAAGUAGCGGAGAAGAUGCUGGAAGCAGAAAAGAAAUUGGAAGAAUAUCAUAAUGAAACUCGUUGAUUUAUUGAUUGAUAUUGAUUUACUGAUAUUGUAUAAUUAUGUUAUAAUCAUCUACAAUUAAAUGUAGUCUAACUAAGACUUAAAAUACCUGAUAUGAA